UCAAGUGAUGCAGAGUGUCAUCAAAAAGAAGCCAGUCCAUGAUGAACACCUGUUUAUUGUCACACAUCAGGGUGGCGUAUAUGAGUUGUGGUUCAAGCAAAUCAUUCAUGAAAUUGACGUCAUGGACGAGAGUAAAACGUUGUUAAUUCUCAACAGACUGAGUCGAGUGACCCUCAUUCUCAAGCUGAUGGUGGAUCAGAUAGAUAUACUGGAGACUAUGACCCCAUUGGAUUUCCUAGAAUUCAGGUUACAGUUGUCGACAGCCUCAGGAUUCCAAAGUUUGCAAUUCCGUCUGCUGGAGAACAAAAUGGGUGUUCUGGAGUCAUCCAGAGUGAAGUACAAUCAGCAGCACUAUGCUAAAGUAUUCUCCGCACCGGAGCAAGUGAAAAUGUUACAGGAUUCUAUAGAAGAGCCCUCACUGUUUGAGCUUUUGGAG